AUGGCUGGCUUGAGAGUGGACUUCAGCGUGCUCCUGGAGCCUCUGGGCUUUGUUAAGGUCCUUGAGUGGAUCUUUGCCAUUUUUGCUCUUGCCACAUGUGGAGGCUUUCAAGGUAAAACUACCCUUCUAGUUUCCUGCAAAGGUGUGGUAAACAAAACAGUUACAGCUGCUUUUGCUUAUCCAUUCAGGUUGAACACUGUUGAAUUUAGUGCACCAGACCCAAAAGGCUGUGCUGGUACUUGGACUGAUGUCCAUCUCGUGGGCAACUUCUCCUCUUCUGCGCAGUUCUUUGUUACACUUGGGUCACUGGUGUUCCUCUACUGCAUUGCUGCCCUUGUGGUAUAUAUUGGAUAUAACCAUGUGUAUCAGCAAAAUAACAAGUUUCCACUAACUGACUUGGCUAUCAGUGUCUUGACAGCCCUUCUGUGGCUGGUCAGUACUUUUGUGUGGGCAAAGGCACUAGCUGACAUCAAAAUGUCCACAGAGGCCAACAUUAUUCCAGGAAUUGAAGCUUGCAAAGCACCAGGAACAACGUGUAAUUUUGUUUCUGUGACCAGCAUGGGAAUUCUGAACUUGUCUGUGGUGUUUGGCUUGCUUAAUGCAGCUUUAUGGGGAGGAAAUGUUUGGCUUGUAUACAAGGAUACCAAGUUGCACAACCAGUGGAACAGAAUUUCUGAAAGUCCAGCUGAAAGAGGAGUAUAAAAACAAGUUGAUACUUUAAAAUGCUUCCACUUCUACAUCUCACUGCCAAGAACAUAGAUUCAUUAGGACUUGUUUCAAUAAUAACUGAUAAUACUUCAUAAAAACUUCUGGGUUUGUACUAUGGUUUGACAUAAGGUCUUGCAUAUUCCAAUUGAAGCACUUAAUUAUCUUGAAAUAUAUUAUGCCUUUUGAAAUUGUGCAGUCUUAUUACAGU